GGAAAUAAGGGCUUACCGAUUAUUGUUGAGUAGAAAAUUGCGCCCCAUGUUGUCGAAUAGUUAUGAGAUGCACUCGUACUUAUUUCAUAUCGUGGUGAAGAGUUUAAGUCGACUGAGUUAGCGUGAAAUUAUAGCCCGACGAAAGUGAGAGUUUAGAAAUCGCUGGCUGUUGUAUAACUGAAAAGACGACUUGAACAAACUCUUGUCAACCUCAUUUGCUUCUUAUCUCUCUUUCUUUCGGGUAAACAACGCGAUGAUCUCAAUACUGAGUUGCAAUUAUCACACUGUUAAUUUCGAUGGUUCAAUAAAAGAUUAAGAGACCUUUAAAAGUAAAAAUAAAAGACGCCGAUAAUAAGAAAAAACAAAGACAAACAUUGUAGCGCCAUGUGGUACGCAUAUGAUAACCAACAGUCAUAUCCCGAAGGAAGACUCCGGAUUAGAUUAGUUAGCAAGAGAGUUAGACACUAUGCAUUGCUAUUUCAUCAUUGUUGUUGUGUUAUUAACCUCGGCGAGUGCAAAUACCCAAAAGAUCAGUCUAGAAACUUUAAAUAAUUACAGUGAGUUUCUCAAUUUUGGAGUGAAAAAAGUCAAACUUAAAAAAAAUUCUCUUGAAAAUUCCAUCAUUAAAUCAAAAGUGGACGUCUUGGGGGACAUUUUUAAGAAAAAUAUCGAGAGUUUGAAAAACACACAAAAGCUGGAACUCAUUUUCCUCAUCGAUGGCUCGUCGAGUGUCGGCGAAACGAAUUUCAGAAGCGAAUUGAAGUUCGUUAAAAAAUUAUUGAGCGACGUCACUGUGGAUUACAAUCACACAAGGGUUGCAAUAGUCACCUUCAGUUCUUCAGUCAUAACCAAUAUUGACCAAAUAAGUGAACCACGAAAAGAAAACAACAAAUGCUUCCUUUUGAGCAAACUCCUCAGCAAAAUUGACUACACAGGUGGAGGGACCUAUACGUUAAAAGCAUUCGAAGUCGCAAAAGAAAUUUUCAAGCAAAGUCGUAACGACUCAGAAAAAGUCCUUUUCCUUAUUACUGAUGGCUUCUCAAAUGGCGGGGACCCAAUCCCUCUGGCCAAUGAACUAAAAAAAGACCAAGUCAAAAUUUUCACCAUUGGAAUAGCAAACGGAAAUUACAAAGAAUUGUAUGAGUUGGCCUCAACUCCGGGUGAAAUAUACAGUUACUUGCUGGACAGUUUCGAUGAGUUUGAAAGUCUAGCUCGACGUGCUUUGCAUGUAGAUUUGAAAAGCGGUGAGUAUAUCCCUUUAGGUAUAAACAGUCCUUGUGCCAAUUUAUGCGAUGACGGGGAUUGUUGCGACAAAAAUGCCCUUUGUACGUGUGGUACCACUACGGGACACUAUUCCUGUAUUUGCAAACUUGGGUACUAUGGUACCGGACUCAAAAAUUCAUGUUCACCGUGUCCUGUCGGUCAGUAUUCAGAUGGGCUUAAUUUGUGUCGCCCUUGCCCUGAUAUGCACCACACGACCACUCCACCAGCGUACAGUGUUGAAAAUUGCACUUGCAAGACUGGAUAUGUACCAACUAAAGAUAAUCGGUGCAAAAUAUUGAAAUGUUCCAAGAUGUCGACCCCCGAACACGGUUAUUUUGUCAAAAAACGAGACUGUGGAAAUGUUUUAAACAGUGCUUGUGGUGUCAGAUGCGAAGUUGGGUACACUUUGGUCGGAAGUAGCAUUAGAUUGUGUCAGAAAAACGCUACAUGGAGUGGCGAUAAACCAUCAUGUCAAGUGAAAACAUGUACCAAACUGCCACCUCCAGCUUAUGGGUCAAUGAUAUGCUCGCAUAGCGAUCUCGGAGUGACUUACAACGAAACAGAAGAAAAUCUACCAGUAGAUACAGUAUGCACAUUUACUUGUCAAGAUGGCAAGACUUUAAUUGGUUCGAAUCAACGCACUUGCCUGCCAUUGGCCCGAUGGGACGGCCUUAAGACUUCAUGCAAACAAAUCAAAUGUCCCAAACUACCACCUAUUAAAAAUGGGCGAAUUGAACCCAAAUCGUGUACCAUAGGCAAACAACCCUAUGGCAAAAAAUGCAAAGUUAUCUGUAAUCCGGGUUUCGUGCUUGAAGGCCCACAGGAGAAGACGUGUACCAGCAACCAUGGUUUAUGGGACACAAAAUUCGAAAGUACCAUUUGCAAAGAUAAAGAACCACCGAAGAUAGCUUGUCCGCAAAAUAUCACUGCGAGUACCCAACCGGGGAAAAAUUUCGGUACGGUUUCGUGGAACCAUCCCCAAGUUAGUGAUAAUGCCAAAAUGGAAGUUUCAGUAUGGAUGAAACCGAGUAUUAGAAAUAUUGGGAGUUUUAAAUUCCAGAUUGGGGAAACUCUAGUGACAUAUUUUGCACAAGACGCGUUUCAUAACAGAGCAAAAUGUAGCUUUUACGUCAUAAUUAAAGAUGAGGAACCACCGGUUAUUGACAACUGUGUAAGUCCACCGACAUAUCUCACCAAUGAAAAAGUCGGGGCUAACAUCACGUGGGACGAACCUAAUAUUUUUGACAAUUCCCGGAAUGUUCAAAUCAAGCAUAGCCAUGAUUUCGGGUACUUCCCCCUUGGUACUACUGUAGUAACGUACACCGCAAGUGAUGCUUACGGAAAUCGUAAUUUUUGCGCAAUUAAUAUAACAGUUGAAGAGGCUCAGUGUGAGGCUUUAUUGGACCCGAUUUAUGGUCAUAGCGAGUGUUCAUCGGUCAAUGACGGUAUGCAAUGCGUCAUAACAUGUCAAGAGGGUUACGCAGUACCACUUUCACAACCUCAAGAAACCUCAGAUGAUAAUCCUACACGUUUUAUGUGUAAUAAUUCAGAUUCGGUUUGGUACAAUCAAGAAGAUUUAAUGUUUCCCGAAUGUUCGGUGACAGAAAUACCAACCGAAAUUGAACAAAACGGUACCAUUAGUGUUGUAUCAGAAAUAGACAGUUGUAACAACACCGAAAAAAUAAAUGAUCUCGAAAAUGAUAUUAAAAUAACCCUUCAAGAAACAUCAUGUGAAGAAAACUGUACUGUAAACACUAAUACUACUUGCGUUGAAGAUACAGAAGAAGAAAAAACAAAUAUUAUUAAAAGGGAAACAUUUGAAGAGAUUCCACAUCGAAACACGAGUCGAAGACGAGGAAAGAAAAAACGUAUUAAUGUCAAAUUUCAAGUCAAAGGAAAAUAUGUAAAUCACACCCAAGAGCCAGAAAACAUCAAUUUAGGGUCACAUAACAUUUCCAUUCAUUACAACAAACCUACAUUUUUCUGCCCUCUUGGUUUCGUUCCAAGGAAAGGCAGAUGUGUCCAAUGUCCCAAAGGAACGUUUCAUAACACAACACGAAACCGGUGCCAAAGUUGCCCUUUUGAUACUUAUAACGACAAUUUAGGCCAAACCCAAUGUACAGUGUGUCCAAAGAAUCACUCGACACGCAAAGUGCAUUCGAAAAAAAUCGAAGAUUGCAAAGAACAGUGUCCCCCGGGAACCCACGCCCGAAAAAAAAUUUUCAGACAGUCGAGGCGAAAUCCGAGUGUGACAAUCGAGCGUGCUACACUGCGGCCAUAUUGCCGGUCCUGUCAUGUGGGUUUCUACCAAUCGGAUUUCGGUCAAUUGAGGUGUAUACCCUGUCCAAAAGGAUACACCACACUUGUCCGAAAAUCCACCAGUUUUAGUCAAUGUGUACCAACAGCUAUGGAGAUGUGCGCAAAAAACCCCAACAUUUGCAAUGCUGGUAAAUGUGUCCCUAGCACAGAGUUUCAAUACACAUGCGAAUGUCCCGAGGGUUUUAUAGGGUCCCAUUGUGAGCGCAAAAUGCGAAUUUGUGAUUCAAACCCGUGUUUUAAUAACGGAAUUUGUCAAGAAAUGAAAUCAAAUUUCAUAUGUUUGUGCCCUAAAGGCUUCACCGGAACAUUGUGUGAGGAAACAGAAGAGAAAUGUUUGUUGAUUUGUUUAAAUAACGGUACUUGUCAUCAUGACGAACCCGAUGAUUAUUUCUGUUGGUGUCCCCCUGGAUAUGGGGGUGAGACGUGCGAAAUAAAACUAAAUUAUUGCAGUAUAAAUAUUUGCGAAAAUAAUUCGACUUGUGUUGAUGAACUCAACGGAUAUAGAUGUCAAUGUUCGGAGGGUUUUAUUGGGAAACGGUGCAAUAUUUUGCCUUGUGAUUACAAGCCGUGUCAAGGAAACAGUAUUUGUGUGAAUGUUAUGGAAACAAAUGCCACGAAAAGUAGCUACAAUUGCGUUUGUCCGGAAGGCUUCAUAGGAAAAUAUUGCGAUGAAAAAAUUGACUAUUGUCAAGAUAGUCCAUGUUUAAAUGGCGGCAUUUGCUCAAGCCAAUCCUCUUUCUUCGUGUGCACUUGUCCGCGAUUUUUCUACGGUAAAAAAUGCGAAUUUCAACGCAAGUCCGACUAUGUUUUGCACUUUCAAAAAUUUUCCACGACCGAUUAUAUAAGACUGAACGGUUUCGAGCGGAACCUGACCCAAAUCUCGGCCUGUCUCUGGCUCCAAACUAAGGAUAACUUCAAUUACGGAACACUCCUAUCUUACGCAACGAAGAAUUAUGAUAACGCAUUCACUCUAACGGACUAUACCGGACUUGUGCUAUAUGUUAAUAAUCAAUACGCCGUCACUGAUGUUUUACUAAAUGACGGCUUAUGGCACCACUUGUGUGUCACAUGGACAAGUCCUAAAGGCCUUUUCGAACUUUAUGUUGACGGCAAAAUCAUCAAAAGUGGCUCAGGACUGGCCACCGGAACCCAAAUCGCAGGAGGCGGAAAUAUGGUCAUAGGUCAAGAACAGGACAUACUCGGAGGGCAUUUCAGCCAAUUAGAGACUUUUAUCGGCCGUAUGGCUUACUUUGACGUUUGGUCGAAACAACUGACAGUCGAUGAGAUUCAAUCACAUAUGACAGACUGUCAUGACAUGGCAUAUGGCGAUGUUUUCGGCUGGCCAGACGUACAAAACCACGUCGAAGGCAACGUCAAAAUUGAUAAUUCCACGUUUUGUGCCAAAUGCGAAGACCCCAAACCGGUCUAUAACGGCAUCAUCAACAUUGCCGAUAACAUAGCCUACUAUGAUUGUUACGAAGGCUUCUAUUUGAGCCACGAGGCAUAUAAAGAGGGUCGUAAGUGUACCAAAGCGGCAAAAUGGGAGGGAAUAUACGAGCCGUACUGUAAAAGGGUGUAUUGUGGUAACCCCGGUUACGUCCGCAACGCCUACUUAAUCGGCACGAAAUAUUAUUUCGGCGAAAGUGUAACUUAUAGAUGUUACGAGGGUUACAAUUUGAUGGGCAAUGGUACUAUUAAAUGUACUGAAAACGGUACUUGGUACCCUGAAAAACCCACUUGUGUGGGUCUGCAAUGUACGGCGUUCCAAAAACCGGAAAAUAGUUAUUUGACUAUUUUCGCGGACCAUAGUUACGAGGACUUCAUCGAAAAUGAAUCAACUUUCGAUGUUGGGACCCAAGUCGAGGUCAUCUGUGACCCAAAAACUAACAUUUCGGGCGAAAGUGUGAUCACGUGUCAGGAAAAUGGGACUUGGGAUUUUGAGCCGCCCAAAUGUCUUAACAGUGUGACACAGUUGAGCUGUGAUGUUAGCAAAAUACCCACGGCGCCUGAUAAUGGAUAUGUGAUUCUCGAAACGUUGUACGAGGUCGGGAAUGGUACUGGCAAUAUUAUUUUUUACAAGUGUCGGACUGGUUACAAGUUAUUUGGGGAUAAUUCCACGUCUUGUAUCAUCGACGGGUACUGGACUGAACCCAAUAUCACGUGCAGGCCGGUCGAGUGUCCUAUCCCAAAAUACAAAAACAUGGUAAUAAAUACGGAACCCGACCAAAACGGGAAAUACCAUUUUGGUAAUAUGAUAAAGUUGGAUUGUAUCGAUGGAUAUAAGAUUUUCGGCGAUGGUACUACCCGAUGUCUGGCUAAUGGGCGAUGGAGCCGAAUGCGAGCUAAAUGUUCCAAAAAAUCCUGCCGCAAGCCUUCAGUCAACGAGGCCACAAUCAUUGUUGGAAAUUCUUAUCUAUUCGAAGAUCAAGUGACACUGAUUUGUCCCAACAAAGGUCAAUACAUUUUGACCUGUGACAGCACAGGCACGUGGAUAGGAGAUAAAGAUAAGACAUGCUAAACUUUAUCAAAAAAUUUAUUAAAUGUAGAGAUAUUAUCAAAUAAAUGCUUUUUACGAGUUAU